UUUCUUCGUUAACAUUUGCAAAUACAUGAAACAGCAGUUAAUUUUAUAAUAGCAGCUUGGUUACAUUUGUGAGUUCUUACAACUUAUAUUUUUAAUUUCUGUAGGUGAGGAAACGUACUGUGAUGGCAGACAGAAUGGAGCUCAGUGUUACGGAGCUUUAGGAGGAACUGUGUCUCUCCGGCUGAUGACGAGCGCCUCAGAAAUACAGAAAUUUGCAUGGUUUAAAAAAUCAACAUUAAUACUCAUUGGGAUAAAGUAUAGUUUUUUAUUGAAUGCGAUUGAAAGCAGAUCCAUCUUCACUCCCAGUGAUGGAACAUUCAGGAUAAAUAACCUGAGCAGAAGUGAUGGUGGUGAAUAUGUUCUUAACAUGUAUAAUUCAAAUGGAAAACUGUAUGGGAAGCGAACUCUACAAUUAUUCAUUCAAGCUCCUGUGUCCUCUGUCCUGCUGGUCUCUGAGUGUCUGUCCCGGGGGGAGAUGAGGGCGUCCUGCUCCUCUGAGGGAGGUGACAGUCAGUACAGGUGGACUCUGGAUGGACGCACACUGACAGACGCUGACCUCCUCUCAGGACACAAUGAGACCACAAACAUCACUCUGAAACAAGGUCUCUCAGGACGACUUGUCUGCACAGUCAGCAAUCACAUCAGCAAAGUCAGCAAAGAGGAGAACAUAUCUACCUGUCCAGGUGAGGAAACGUACUGUGACGGCAGACAGAAUGGAACUGAGUGUUACGGAGCUUUAGCAGGAACUGUGUCUCUCCGGCUGAUGACGAGCGCCUCAGAAAUACAGAAAUUUGCAUGGUUUAAGAAAUCAACAUUAAUACUCAUUGGGAUAAAGUAUAGUUUUUUAUUGAAUGCGAUUGAAAGCAGAUCCAUCUUCACCCGUCGUAAUGGAACGUUCAGGAUAAAUAACCUGAGCAGAAGUGACGGUGGUGAAUAUUUUCUUAGCACGUUUGAUUUAAAUGGAAAACUAUCAGAGAAGCGAACUCUACAAUUAUUCAUUCAAGCUCCUGUGUCCUCUGUGCUGCUGGUCUCUGAGUGUCUGUCCCGGGGGGAGAUGAGGGCGUCCUGCUCCUCUGAGGGAGGUGACAGUCCUCAGUACAGCUGGACUCUGGAUGGACGCACACUGACAGACACUGACCUCCUCUCAGGACACAAUGAGACCACAAACAUCACUCUGAAACAAGGUCUCUCAGGACGACUUGUCUGCACAGUCAGCAAUCACAUCAGCAAAGUCAGCAAAGAGGAGAACAUAUCUACCUGUGCAGGUGAGGAAACGUACUGUGACGGCAGACAGAAUGGAGCUCAGUGUUAUGGAGCUUUGGGAGGAACUCUGGCUCUCCGGCUGAUGACGAGCGCCUCAGAAAUACAUACAUAUGAAUGGUUGAAGAACACAACAAAAAUACUCACUGGGAAAGAAAGAAAAUUUUCAGUGAAUGCUAUUGAAAACCGAUACAUCUUCACUCCCAGUGAUGGUACAUUCGGGAUAAAUAACCUGAGCAGAAGUGACGGUGGUGAAUAUGUUCUUAACAUGUUUGAUUCAAAUGGAAAACUAUCAGAGAAGCGAACUCUACAAUUAUUCAUUCAAGCUCCUGUGUCCUCUGUGCUGCUGGUCUCUGAGUGUCUGUCCCGGGGGGAGAUGAGGGCGUCCUGCUCCUCUGAGGGAGGUGACAGUCCUCAGUACAGCUGGACUCUGGAUGGACGCACACUGACAGACGCUGACCUCCUCUCAGGACACGAGACCACAAACAUCACUCUGAAACAAGGUCUCUCAGGACGACUUGUCUGCACAGUCAGCAAUCACAUCAGCAAAGUCAGCAAAGAGGAGAACAUAUCUACCUGUGCAGCUCCUGUGUCCUCUGUGCUGCUGGUCUCCGAGUGUCUGUCCCGGGGGGAGAUGAGGGCGUCCUGCUCCUCUGAGGGAGGUGACAGUCCUCAGUACAGCUGGACUCUGGAUGGACGCACACUGACAGACGCUGACCUCCUCUCAGGACACAAUGAGACCACAAACAUCACUCUGAAACAAGGUCUCUCAGGACGACUUGUCUGCACAGUCAGCAAUCACAUCAGCAAAGUCAGCAAAGAGGAGAACAUAUCUACCUGUGCAGCUCCUGUGUCCUCUGUGCUGCUGGUCUCUGAGUGUCUGUCCCGGGGGCAGAUGAGGGCGUCCUGCUCCUCUGAGGGAGGUGACAGUCCUCAGUACAGCUGGACUCUGGAUGGACGCACACUGACAGACACUGACCUCCUCUCAGGACACAAUGAGACCACAAACAUCACUCUGAAACAAGGUCUCUCAGGACGACUUGUCUGCACAGUCAGCAAUCACAUCAGCAAAGUCAGCAAAGAGGAGAACAUAUCUACCUGUGCAGGUUUUAUAUUCAUAAACUGCACUUUAUCUAAUGGGACGCUCAUAUCACAGUGGGUGUUUGAAGCCAAUAACACACUGUGCAUUGAGCCAACAACCAUCUCAACUACUGUUCCAGAAACUCCAGCCUCCCCCAUCGGUAAGGAGACUGACAGUGUGUCCAACAAAACCUUCACUCACAUCACACCAUCCAAUCAAACGGCUGCUUCUGCAGAUGAGCCGUGGUACAUCAAACAUGUCCCCAUUAUGGCUGGUGUAUUGGUGGCACUGGUUACACUGUUUUUGGCGAGCAUAGCAGUUUACUGUUGUAAGAACAAGAAACAAAGCAAGGAACAUCAUGAGGAGGAAGAAGACCACGAAGUAACCUACGCUGAUGUCAAGAUCCUGCAGUGUCAAACGAGGCCAAAGCACAAGAUGCAAGAGAUGGAAGUGGAAUACGGCCAAGUUAAGGUUUCAGGAGAGCGCUGGCAAACAACCGAACCAACGGAAGAUGACUGUGUGUACGCCAAAGUCCGGAAAAAUCUGUGAUGCUGACUGAGAGGUUUCUGAACAAAACCUGCCCCGCUGAAAGAGGGUGUGUUUGUUAAAAAAAAAAAAAAAAAAAAAAAAGCCUGGACCUGUUUCACCUUCAUUCAGUCUCAUUUUCUGUAUGUAUCACCAUCAAUUUUUAAAUAGCCUACAUUCCAACACAAUGUCAGGAAAUUAAAUGAGCAUUUCUGUCUACAUGACUAAACACCAAACCAAAAUCAUUUAUUAUUGCUUAUUUGUUGUUUACACAUUUUUGCAACCUUUUU